GCUGCGGCGUCGGCGUCGGCGCGCGCUCCGGAGCGAGGCCGUGUGGGCUGGGGAGGGAGCGAGGCGGCGGCGCCCCAGAGCGGAGGGGGGACGCGCGGGCCUCGCGCCGCGGGAGCCGACCACCGCGGGGGAGACGCGGGGUUCGCGGCCGGAGGCGGGGCCCGAGCGGGGCCGGGCGACUGUCCGCCUGCGAGGCGGCCGGCCUCGUUCCCUCAGCCCGAGUGGCCGCCGCCCCUGGAGACUCCCUCGCCGUGACACGGGCCUAAAGCGCCGCCAGCUCGGCGGGGACGCGGCGGGGCCGGGAGGGGACCCGCGUCCGGGCAGGUCCCGCCGCCCGAUCGCCGCCCGCCCGCCCGCCCGCCCGCGCGGCCGCCCCCCGAUCCCGCCCCGAUCCCGGGGGCCGGCGCGGGAGUCGCGCCCCGCCUUCCCCGGCGGCCGGAGCGGCGGGAGCCCGCGAGAGCCCGCGCCGCGGCCGAGACGCCAGGAGGGAGGAGAAACUUUGCCUCGGAUUGUCGUCGGUCCUGAAGUGCCGGGGACCCCCCGGGGGACAGGACACGCGCGCGCGCACACGCACGCACGCACACUCAGACACACACUCACACAGACACACACACACACACACGCACAAUGUCCUUCUUCAAUUUCCGUAAGAUCUUCAAGUUGGGCAGCGAGAAGAAGAAGAAGCAGUACGAGCACGUGAAGCGGGACCUGAACCCUGAGGAGUUUUGGGAAAUCAUCGGCGAGCUGGGCGACGGAGCCUUCGGGAAAGUGUACAAGGCCCAGAAUAAAGAGACCAAUGUUUUAGCUGCAGCGAAGGUGAUUGAUACAAAAUCUGAAGAAGAACUUGAAGAUUACAUGGUUGAGAUCGACAUAUUAGCGUCUUGUGAUCAUCCCAAUAUAGUCAAACUUCUAGAUGCUUUCUAUUAUGAGAACAAUCUUUGGAUCCUCAUUGAAUUUUGUGCGGGUGGAGCAGUGGAUGCCGUGAUGCUCGAACUGGAGAGACCAUUAACUGAGUCCCAGAUACAAGUAGUUUGUAAACAGACUUUAGAGGCAUUGAACUACUUACAUGAUAACAAAAUUAUCCACAGAGAUCUAAAGGCUGGCAACAUUCUUUUUACUUUAGAUGGAGAUAUUAAGUUGGCGGAUUUUGGAGUAUCAGCUAAAAAUACAAGGACAAUUCAAAGAAGAGAUUCCUUUAUUGGCACACCAUAUUGGAUGGCUCCUGAAGUAGUCAUGUGUGAAACGUCCAAGGACAGACCUUACGACUACAAAGCUGAUGUUUGGUCCUUGGGCAUCACUCUCAUAGAAAUGGCUGAGAUAGAACCGCCUCAUCAUGAAUUAAAUCCAAUGAGAGUGCUGCUAAAAAUAGCCAAAUCGGAGCCCCCAACAUUAGCACAGCCCUCAAAAUGGUCUUCAAAUUUUAAGGAUUUUCUUAAAAAGUGCUUGGAAAAGAAUGUGGAUUCUAGAUGGAAUACAACUCAACUAUUGCAGCAUCCCUUUGUUACUGUUGAUUCCAACAAACCAAUCCGAGAAUUGAUUGCAGAGGCAAAGGCUGAAGUAACAGAAGAAGUUGAAGAUGGAAAAGAGGAAGAUGAUGAUGAAGAAACAGAAAAUUCUUUGCCAAUACCUGCAAGUAAGCGCGCCUCCUCUGACCUUAGUAUUGCCAGCUCUGAAGAAGAUAAACUGUCACAGAAUGCUUGUAUUUUGGAAUCUGUCUCAGAAAAAACAGAACACAGUACUUCUGAAGAUAAAUUUAACAGCAAAGUUCUUAAUGAAAAACCCAUCACUGAUGAACCUGAAAAGGCCGUGGAGGGUAUUAAUGAGCAUGUUAAUGAUGCUCAUUUAGGAGCUACCGAACUCCAUAAAAGGUCAAUAGUUACCAAGGAGAAUGGCAGAGAGGAGAAGAGACCCAAGCUUGAAAAUCUUCGUGACACAGGAGACCAAGAAGCAGUAGACAUUCAUUCAGUAAAUGAAGGAAAAGAAAAUAAUAUAGUAACUUUAGGAACAAAAACGGAACAGAAUCAGAAACCUGAAGAAGAAGGGGAUCAGGAAAAGCAACAGAUAUUUGAAAAUAAGAUUAAAAAAUCCAAGGAAAAUAAAGAUACUGCUCUUUCAUCAAUAAAUUUAGUUUCUCAAGAGACUGGAGAAAAAGAGACAGAUAUCCAGACAAUUGGCAAUGCAGUUGAGCUUCCAAAUGCAGAUUCCCAAUUUCCCUUGGGAACAGAUGAUAAAACUCCAAGAACUGUGGUCAGCAACUCAAGUACCGAGCUAGGAACAAAUGAGGCUAUAGGUGUUGCUCAGAAGGCCGUUGAAAUCAGUGCCGAGGAUGCUGAGAUUAGUGCUCGGAAAGAAAUGACUGAAGUAGGCCAGGAAGGAAGUAAGCCUGUGACAGCUUCUGAGGCUGGUGAUACUAAGGAAGUUUCUGCUAAAGAACUAGUUGACAUUAAGGUGCUAGAUAAAAAGUCUGUAGAAGGUAAAAAUGAGGAACAGUUAACCAACCAUUCAAAGAGCGUGGCAGAGACCAUUGAGGAACCAGGGACAAAUGAAGAUGAAGAAACCACUCGGUCAGGUAGCACUGAAGAAGUAGAGGUCAAGGCUGUAGGAGGCAGAACUCAGGAUGUUCGUAAGGACACAGAGCAAGAAGUUCCAUGUGAAAUGCCAGUUAAAACAGAACCUCAAGUUACUGCCAUUUCACAGCCCAGUGAACCUCAGCCUGCUCCAAUACCCAGCAUUAAUAUCAACUCGGAAGACGCAGAACAGAAGGGAGAAAGAGGUGCUUUAACAAAAACUGAAACCAUGUUCCUUCCCGAGUCCGAGAAUCACAAGGAAAAUGAUACUGAUUCAGGCACUGGCUCCACUGCUGAUAAUAGCAGCAUUGAUUUGAAUUUAUCCAUCUCUAGCUUCCUAAGCAAAACUAAAGACACUGGAUCAAUAUCUUUACAAGAAACUAGAAGACAAAAGAAAACAUUGAAGAAAACCCGCAAAUUUGUGGUUGAUGGUGUAGAAGUGAGUGUAACAACGUCAAAGAUUGUUACGGACAGUGACUCCAAAACAGAAGAAUUAAGGUUUCUUAGACGUCAGGAACUGCGGGAAUUAAGAUUUCUUCAAAAAGAAGAGCAAAGAGCCCAACAGCAACUCAAUAGCAAACUGCAUCAACAACGAGAACAAAUUUUCCGGCGCUUUGAACAAGAAAUGAUGGGCAAAAAAAGGCAGUAUGACCAAGAAAUUGAGAAUCUAGAGAAACAGCAGAAGCAGACCAUUGAACGCCUGGAACAAGAACAUACAAAUCGCUUGCGAGAUGAAGCCAAGCGCAUUAAGGGAGAGCAAGAGAAAGAACUGUCCAAAUUUCAGAAUAUGUUAAAGAACCGUAAGAAGGAGGAACAAGAGUUUGUACAGAAGCAACAACAAGAAUUGGAUGGCUCUCUGAAAAAGAUCAUCCAACAGCAGAAGGCAGAAUUAGCCAAUAUUGAAAGAGAGUGUCUGAAUAAUAAACAACAGCUCAUGAGAGCCCGAGAAGCUGCGAUUUGGGAACUCGAAGAGCGACACUUACAAGAAAAACACCAGCUGCUCAAACAGCAACUUAAAGAUCAGUAUUUCAUGCAAAGACAUCAACUUCUUAAGCGCCAUGAGAAGGAAACAGAACAAAUGCAGCGUUAUAAUCAGCGACUUAUUGAGGAAUUGAAAAACAGACAGACUCAAGAAAGAGCAAGAUUGCCUAAGAUUCAACGCAGUGAAGCCAAGACACGAAUGGCCAUGUUUAAGAAAAGUUUGAGAAUUAACUCUACAGCCUCGCCAGAUCAGGACAGGGAAAAAAUUAAGCAGUUUGCUGCUCAAGAAGAGAAGAGGCAGAAAAACGAGAGAAUGGCUCAGCAUCAAAAACAUGAAAAUCAAAUGCGGGAUCUCCAGCUGCAGUGUGAAGCCAAUGUCCGAGAGCUGCAUCAGCUGCAGAAUGAAAAAUGCCAUCUAUUGGUUGAGCAUGAAACUCAGAAACUGAAGGAAUUAGAUGAGGAACACAGCCAAGAAUUAAAGGAAUGGAGAGAGAAAUUGAGACCUAGGAAAAAGACCCUGGAAGAAGAGUUCGCCAGGAAGCUGCAGGAGCAGGAGGUGUUCUUCAAGAUGACGGGGGAGUCUGAAUGCCUUAACCCGUCCACCCAGAGUCGGAUUUCCAAAUUUUACCCAAUUCCCAGCUUGCAUUCCACAGGAUCGUAACGGUGGGAAAGCCUCUGCUGUUGGGUUUGGCUUUUAGAAGAUGCCAUCCUGUCCUUCUCCUCUGCCAGGGUUUGUGUCCCAGAGCUCCUGAAGACAAUCACCUGCCUCACCUUCCGGGGGCGGUUCUGUUGGUCUCGUUUGUUUAGAGAAAUAAAGAGAAAGGAACUGAGAUGACUAAGACCUGCUGGGUGGCGCUGGCAGAGAAGCAUCUUGCGGGAAUUCCCCGAGAUGAUUUUGUAUAUUUAAUCUUAAAAAUUGUUUUUCUUAGAGACUGUUACCUAAAAAAACUUUAGAGAUGCAAUGUUUAAAGUUAUUUAAAGAGAACUGUUACAUUACUAAGUAUCUUUUUACCUAACUUCAAUGAUACCUAAGUUCUGUAUUUGAAACUCUGCUGUAGAGAGUUGGACUAAUUUUCUUGGUGAAUCAGCUCUCAUAAAAAAAAAAAAAAUCUGAGUUGCUCAAAAUAUAAAAAUUAUUCAAUAAAUAAAUAAGUUUUAUCUUUAGCAGCAGACUCUUUUGAAAGAGAAAAUUUUCAAUAAUGUGUCUGAAAUAAUUACCUGGUUAGAUAUGAGCUAUAAUUAAAGGUGCUAGUUUUAUUAAAUAUAGUACCUACAACACUAAAUUUUCAACUGAGUUUAAAAUAGAAUUUUCUCUUGAUCCAACAGGGGCAGAACCCUCUCACAUUAAGCAUUGUCUUUUUAAAAAUCUCCUGUUACCAGUUGAUAGAAAUUUCAUCCAGAAACAUAUGUUGUUGUUCAGAGUUGGAGAGAUGAAAAAAUAAAGGAUGUUUUAAGCCUCCAAAUUUGAAACAAAAGACUUACCAAAUUGAAAGUAAUACAGAUCUAACUAUCCCAACUGACUUCCCAAAUAAUAUCUGAGCUGGUUAAAUGACAUCUCCCCAUAUUAGCAGAUUUGCAAAACAUUGUCAGAGGCCUAUAGACUCUGGGUUAUAUUUAUAAAUAUAUUUUCUGAAAAUAAUUGUAAAAGAGCAUUUGUUCAGAAUUCUUUAAAAUUUUUCUUUAAAUAUUUAGGCAAAUGUUAGAAAUAACUUUUUGUUUGUUAUACAAUAAAAUCCUUUAUAUUUGG